UUCUGUCGUCUAUGGCCAGUAGCCACACGCAUGUCUCAUAAGACUGAACUCCUCGACGAGUUGCCGAGCACACCAGCCAAUUCGCCGCGAGACGCUCCACGGAAGGGGUAUGUGAAGACGAAGAUGCGUUCGUCGUCGACCUCUGAGAGCAAGAGUCAUGUGAUUCAUGCGGCGCCUGCUGAGGAGCCUCGCGGACGCGUUGCGCCGGCCUGCACUAACGGAGUGAGCGGUGAAGCUCAAUUCGAGGAUAAGAGUGCGACGAGGAGCAGGAAGUCUCGGUCAGGCUCUUUGUCAGCGACGUCGGCUGCCCUAGAUUCGUCCGCUCGUUUGGACGAGUCGAAGACUACUAAAGGCGAGGAUCAAGCGGGGUCGUUGAACUUCGUCAUAUCGGCGGUCGUCCCGGUCCAUGUGGCCUCGGACCGCAUGUUCAACGCUUUUCUCAUUGCGUACAACGAUUCGCAGGGGAAACGGUGCACUGUUCUCAGAAGAUACCGCCAAUUCCUGACAUUGCACUCUGCCCUGUCUAAGAUAUACAACGAGGGCCAGCUCGCCUCGUUUCCGAGGAAACGGGUCUUCACCGGAAGCUCCGCGCAGGGCCUAGAAAAGAGGCGACAAAAGCUAGAACAGUACUUGCAAAGCCUGGAAUCCCUCGCCAACAUUAGAUCCAUCCCAGAAGUAAACGCGUUCCUCCAAGAAGACCUCCCCGACAGCGCCUCCAUAAUCAACGCUCAGGAAAAGGACAAGCCCUCCAAGAAGAAGGACUCGCACCCCGUCCAAGUCACCUUCCCGAAAAACGUCGACUUCUUGGGACAAAGCAAAGACAACAACACCAUCGGGCUCUACUACAGCCAGGUCAAGACGCACGUGACGCUCCUCACCGAGUACGACGCUCGGAUCGAGACCUUCGAGAAGAUAUUCAGCAAGAUCACCACGCUCGACCAGUUCCUCACCUACCAUGAGUUCUUCAAGCAGCUCAUCUCCGUCGGUAAGUAUCUCUCCUCUUACCCGCUCCCCAACGACUACAUGUCCAACCACUCCUUCGAGGGCUCCUACUUGAGCCCCGCCCCCGGCUCCCCCAAGGACGUCGAAAAGCUCCGCGUCGUUCUCCAGAAAUUCCUCACCUCCAUGUCGGAAAUUUCCAGCAAGUUCCGCGACAUGAAGCGCACUCUCCUCGACCCCGAGUCCUCCCCCAGGGACAUAGAGGCCAUCAAGGUCCACGUCGACCACAUCAAGACGCUCUUCAAUUUUAACAACCUCAUCACCGACCACAUCGGGUUCAGAAUCGAGUCCGGAUUCUGCACCGACGUCCUCUCCGAUCCCUCCUCUGACUUCAUCGUGUCGGACCACUACUCAUUUGAGAAGUACUUUGCCAAGAAAGACUACCUCCUCCUGUAUAAUAACGACCACCCCGACGGCCCCUACUUGAUCGCCCUGCUCCCCGUCAGCACCGACUCCACCAACAGCGGGGAGUUCCACAUGCUGUCCUGCACCAAGGAGGGCAACGACUACUCGCGCGUCACCGUCACGACUCCCAACAUCGACUCCGAGUGGCGCUCAAAGUACGCGGAAAUCAUCUCCUACGAACUCCCGAAGCUCAAGAAGGUCGAGUGGUCCAUCUGUCCCCCCAGUCCCCACGUGGAAGACCUCAUCCUGGAGUACGAGAAGAAGGACCUUCGCGUCGCCUUCAACUUCAAGUUCGGCGUCCUCCUUUGUCUCCCGGGACAGGAGAGGGAGGAGGACAUGUUCAACAAUCUCGCCACGCCCGCGUUCCAGUCCUUCCUCAAGGGCCUCGGAGACGUCGUGGAACUCAGCGGGUACAAGGGGUUCGCGGGCGGAUUGGACACUCGCGGCACGAACAGCACGGGGACCCACUCCAUCGCCUCGACCUGGCAAGCCCCCAACGACAUCGGCACCUUCCAAAUCAUGUAUCACGUGUCCACCAUGCUCCCGUUCGGCGAGCAGGACCAAAACCUCGCCAAAAAGAGACACAUAGGCAACGACAUCGUCGUCAUCGUCUUCCAGGAAGAAGGCAGCAAGCCGUUCAAUCCGAGCACCAUCAGGAGCAACUACAUCCAGAUCAUCGUCGUCAUUCGCGUCAUCAACCUCGGCGGCAAGAAGUGGGCGUGGAAAGUCAUGCUGUGCUCCGCCGAAGACGUCCCCAAGUUCGCCCCUCCCCUGCCCUACCCACCCAUUUUCACCUCUCAAGAGAAGCUGUGCCAGUGGCUAAUCUACAAGACCAUCAACGGGGAACUCGCCGCGUACCACAGCAAGCUGUUCACCCAGCAGUUCAGAGCGACGUGGAAGUCGCUUCUCACCGACCUCGUCCUACAAAUUCACAAUUCCAGAAAGAAAAAGACAAAAAUAACCAAAUAAUUUUUUUUUUAUAUACUUGGAAGUCGCUUCUCACCGACCUCGUCCUACAAACUCACUAUUCCAGAAAAAACCCAAAAACAACCAAAUAGUUUUUUUUUUUAUAUAGAGCCGAAAUACUUCAGUAUUGAUAUGUGUUCAAUCAGGCAUGCGAGAAGUCCUCUGCGCCGUUUUGAAUAAAACCCUCAUUUACAUUUUCA